UCCUAAAUUAAAAUAAAAAAUCUACCUUUCUUAAUAUAUCUCUACCUCUUCGCCUCUUCUUUUUUUACAUAUCUAACAUUCAAGCCAACAAAUUUCCUUGCACUUCUUUUCUCACUCUUUGUCAUGGAUCUUGUAAUUAGCAAACGCUACCUGGCCCGUAGCUCCCAAGCUCUUUCUCCAAUUACAAGUGCUACUCCCGGAAGCUCAAUCUUUCGGUCCCCCAUGCAUUCUUCUGACGCCAGUUUCCCCAUCAUUGCCAUUGCCGUGAUAGGAAUCAUGGCCACGGCUUUCUUGCUUGUUAGCUACUACAUAUUUGUCAUCAAAUGCUGCCUCAGUUGGCAUCGUAUCGAUAUUCUAAGACGUUUUUCGCUGUCGAGACGCCGCGAGCAGCCUUCGACUGUCUACUCUCCGGGGAUGGACACUCGAGGACUUGACGAGUCUGUGAUCCGAUCAAUCCCAAUUCUGAAGUUCAAGAAAGAAGCCAAAAGCAAGGGCUUUAGAGAGAGAAGCUUUUGCGAGUGUGCAGUUUGCUUGAAUGAGUUUCAAGAGGAUGAGAAGCUUAGAAUAAUACCCAACUGUAGCCAUUUGUUUCAUAUCGAUUGCAUCGACGUCUGGCUUCAAAGCAAUGCCAGUUGCCCACUUUGCAGAACAAGUAUUUCGGUCAUAUCUCGGUUCCAAACCGAUCUAGCUCUUGCUUCAAGCCCCACCUCUGAAGACCCAACUCCCUGUACAGAUAAUCCCUUUGGUGAUGAUGAAGACUUCCUGGUAAUUGAAUUGGGUAACGAUUAUUCUCCUAAUCGAACAUUGCUUGAAACGAAACAAAGACUGAACUCAAGUGAGUUAGCGACGAGUUGCAUUAGUCCUACGCCGAGGAAGUUAGAGGACUGGAGAAUUAUGCAGAAGAAGGGACGGAAGUUUGAUAGGGUUACAAGCAUGGGUGAUGAAUGCAUUGAUACUAGAGGCAAAGAUGAACAGUUUGCAAUUCAACCCAUCAGGAGGUCUUUCUCAGUGGAUUCGUCCAGUGAUCGGCAGCUCUAUUUAGCAAUUCAAGAGGCUUUGCGACAAAACAUGCAAGUCAGUGAGGUCAGUCCUAUUGAAGGCUGUAGUAGCAGGAUACGAAGAUCCUUUUUCUCUUUUGGGCAUGGCAGUUGAUCCAGAAGUUCCAUUCUUCCUGUUUAUUCAGAACCAUAGAACUUCCUUUUUUUUUUCCUUUCUUUAUUGGGGGAGACAUAGGAAAUUGUUAAAUAGGAACAUUCAGUUGAAAUUUGAAAGAAUAGCAUUGCUUAAUCAA